CUCCUGAAAGCCUGAUGCAGGCUUUGGAAGAUCUCGAUUAUCUAGCAGCCCUGGAUAAUGAUGGAAACCUUUCUGAAUUUGGAAUUAUUAUGUCAGAAUUUCCCCUGGAUCCACAACUGUCGAAGUCAAUUCUGGCUUCAUGUGAAUUUGAGUGCGUUGAUGAAAUGCUCACCGUUGCGGCCAUGGUAACAGCUCCUAAUUGCUUCUUACACGCACCUCCUGGAACAGAAGAGAUUGCUCUUACUUGCUGGCGAAAAUUCUCACACCCUGCAGGAGAUCACUUUACUCUUAUCAAUGUCUUCAAUGCCUUCAAGGAAGCCAGUGCAAACACUGCAAGUCAAUACUACAGUAAUGAGAAAUGGUGUCGUGAUUACUUUCUAAGCUGUUCUGCACUGCGGGUGGCAGAAAUUAUCAGAGCCGAACUAGUAGAGAUUAUGAAGCGUAUUGAACUUCCCAUUUCAGACCCGGACUUUGGAUCAAAAGAAAAUAUACUAAGCAUUAAGAAGUCUCUCUUAUCCGGUUACUUUAUGCACAUUGCUCGUGAUGUAGAUGGCUCAGGUAACUACUUAAUGUUAACACACAGACAAGUGGCCCAGCUUCACCCCUUCUCAUCAUAUUGUAACACCAGAAGGAUUCCUGAGUGGGUUUUAUUCCACGAGUUUAGUGUAUCGGAAUACAAUUCCAUCAGAGUCGUCUCUGAGAUAUCACCCGAUCUGUGA